AUGAUUUUCAACAAAUACGAUAAGGUGCAGAAUCUCAGGGUUGAAACUACAGAAUGGACAUUACGUGUUAGAGCUCAAACUGUCUGGAAAAGUAUCAACAGGAAAACCAAUGAGUUCAAGGGUUUAAAUGUGAUUUUCAUGGAUGACACGAAUUCGAGGCUUCAUGCAUUUGUAAGUGCCAAGAUAAGUUCUCUGUUUGAUGAAACCCUCAAAGAAGGGAAAGUUUACAGCUUAUCAAAUUUCCAUGUCCGGAAAUAUGGAGAAGAUGAUAACCACAGGGCUGUUAGAUAUGAAAAGCACAUUUAUUUUGCCAACCAUACAGAACUCAAUGAAUUGGAUGCUGAUUUAACUGCUAUUGCUCCAUAUGCCUUUGAUCUUUUUGAUUUGCCUGAUAUAAGAAAUUUCAUAAAUGAUGAUCGGUUUUUGAUUGAUGUUGUUGGGGAGAUAACAAACAAACAUGUCAGCUGUGUGUAUUCUAAAGAAGACAAAUGCAACACUCACAUCAGAUUUCAAAUAACUGACGGGAGGUACAUAGUCAAUGUCACUUUCUUUAAUGAAUUGGCUGAACAGUUUGAGAAAGCACUGAAACAGCUAGAAGAUUCCUAUAUCUAUGUCAUCAUAUCAAGUGCUAAAGUGAAUGAGCAUGAAGGGCUCCCCUGUUUGAAUAACUAUCCCGCCACGCGCUUCUACCUAAAUGUUGACCACUAUAGUGUCAAACAGCUGAAAUCUAGAAUGUCUGAAAUUCCUAAGACUGAGGCUGUGGAAGAAGUGCCAGUUGAACAAAUCAAGCCCAUGCUUUCAGUUGCUGAUAUAAAGAAAUUAACAUCUGAUUAUGCAAAGCGCAAAGUUUGUUGCCAAAUCACUGUUAAGAAAGUCGAUGUGAAAACAAACUGGUAUGACAAUGUUUGCACAACCUGUGCCGCGGAAGUUCAGAUCGUUCAAGGGAGGUUCAAGUGUGAGAAUUGUGUCCGUAAUAUACCUUUUCCUGAUAAAAGGUUUAGACUUGCAACAAUAUGCAACGAUGAAACUGGAAUUCUAGCAAUUAUCUUCCCCGAUGACGAGAUUCAACGUAUUCUAGGGAGGAAUGCAUUUGAUAUUGAGGAAGAUGAAAAUGAAGUGUCUGAUGAAGUAACAUUCCCACCAUCUCUAAAAGCUUUUGAGAAGAAACAAUUUGUUGUGACAUUACUACUAACCGAGCAGAAUGUUAACAAAACAUGCAACAUCUACACUGCAACAGAGCUAAACGAUCCUGCUGAAAUGUUGGGCAACCACAGCCCAUCAAGAAUUCAAUCUAUUGCAUCUGAGCCGAUUAGGGAAACUAUGGAACUUGAACGUUCUAAGGAUACUUUUAGUAGUCCUCCAACUGGGAAGUCUACAAACAAAGUAAAAACAAGAUCAACAGAUGAGAAUGUAUCAGUGGCAAUUAUGGAAACAAUGGAAAUUGAGCGUAAUACAGAAACUUUGAUUAGUCCUCCAACUGGGAAGUCUACAACCAAAGUUAGAACAAGGUCAACAGAUGAAGAUGCAACCAAUUCCAUGGAGGAAAAUGUUCCUCUUGCCAAGUUUAAGAUUGUCAAAACUGAGAAGAAAUGA